AUGUCUUCUUCUUCAUCGCUUACACUCAUCUUCUUCUUUGCUUCAACCUUCCUCUACACUUCAUCAAACUCAUUCGACAUCACAACCAUCUUAAACCAAAACAAAGACUUCUCCGAUUUCAACAAACUCCUCACCCAAACCCAACUCGCUUCCACCAUCAACUCCCAUCAAACCAUAACCAUCCUCGCCCUCUCCAACGACGCUGUCUCCUCCUUCUCCGACCAACCAACCGAAGACAUCAAGAAAACACUCAGCCUCCACGUCGUUCUAGACUACUACGACAUCAAGAAACUCAAGAGCCUGAGCAAAAAAACAGCAUUACUCACCACUCUCUUCCAAUCAAGCGGUCAAGCCAAAGGCCAGCAAGGGUUCAUAAACGCAACCGUUAUGAGCAACGGUGACGUCAUGUUCGGAUCCGCGGUUCCUGGAUCUCUCCUCGACGCUAAGCUUAUAGACUCUGUUGCCUCACAACCGUUUACCAUCUCGGUGCUUCAUAUUAGUAGCUAUAUACCUAUAAUGAACGCUGCGUCUUCUGAUACUCCUUAUGUUUCAUCUUCACCACUUCCUCCACAGGCUCCUAAUGAUGAUGAUUAUGAGUUUGAUGAGCCACCGUCUCCACCGUCCCCACCUUCCUCUGCUAAGGGUCCCGCUGCUGCUAAGGCUGCUAAGGCUAAGGCACCUUCUAGCAAAACCGAGUCAACAAGUUCGGUUCCAGCUAUUAAUUCUCAGCUUGACUUGGUGUUUGUGGUCUUGAUGUCAUCCUUCUUGUUGUUCAUGACGGUCUGGUGA